UCACUCCUCUGAGGCACCCAAGGGAUACAAAUGUCUCUCAUGGCCAUCUGUUUCCUUGUUCCACAGGCUGACUCUGUCUCUGGAAGAAAAGGACCUGAGCCUCAGAACCCUGGAAGAAAACAACCUGGCCCAGAUCAAUCAGGUGUCUCAGCUUCGUUCUGCCCUUAACCAGGCUGAGGAGCUCCACUCAGAGCAUAAAAGAGAACUGCAGGAGCUCAACACCCAGAUCCAGGCCCUGCAGGAUGCAGUGACAGAGAAGGCAGCUCAGCAGGACACUCAAGAGAAGGAGCUGCUGCAGGAGCUGGAAAAGUCCCGAGCAGGAGAACAGAGCUUGAGGGACGCUGUGCAUGUGCUGCAGGUUGAGAUGUCUGAGCUGCGUCUGAGGCUCCAGAGCUCUGAGGAAAGAGCAGAGGCCAUGGCCACACACUGUGAGGCCAUGGAGAUGGAGCUGAGGAUGGCUCAGGCUGACAACAACCAAAUCAAGGCCUGCAAUCAGGAGCUGCAGACACUGUUGGAGGAAACUCAGCAAGGGACAACUUCUCUCCCAUCCAUUGCCCCGUCCUGUUCCACCAGUGGGGAUCUCUGAUCCCAUGCAGAGGUAAAGGCCUUUGCCCAGAGAUGGCAGACAGGAAAAAC